CCACUUUUGCCCCUCAACACGCUCCUCUCUCUCUCUCUGGUCUGCGAAAACAACUUUACAGUUCAGUUUUUAGAUCUAAGACCAACCAAAAAGAAUAUCUCUGAAGAAACAAAACAUAAUUAUUUAAAUGGUAUUAUAUUAAGCUAAGUGAGACCCUUGAACUGUACCUGAGCUUAUAUCACCUCUUAUUCUGGGUCAUUAGAGUGUUCAAUCAUUGAAAGUAACUCAUACACACUUGCUCUUUUUCCUUUUUUUCAUCUGGGCUUUUCAAACUUUUCUUGGAUUUUUUUUUUCUUUAUGCUCUGUUUCUCAACUUCUUGGCUGCUUUUCUUUCUUAGAAAAAUGCAGUUUUAUUGAUCAGCUAUUCUUUUUGGGUAUGAUCUAGGGUUCUUGGAACUCUUAAAUUUUUCAUAUAUUUUUAUUGGAAUGUUUUAGUUUCCAUUACUAGCACUUAAAGUGCUUUAUGGGAUUCCUUCAUACGGAUUCAAGUGUGUCAGUUUGUGGAAGUAAUAAAUGCUUCAAUUAAUACUCGUCGUUAUUUGUUUAAUGUUCAUAAACCGUUUUUACCUCUUUUCUCUGUUUUAAGUUAUAAACUUUAUGGUCUUGAUAAACAGAGUAUAUAUACUUCUUCAUUUUCUGCUUUUCUUUUUUGGGGUAUUACUUACGCAAAGUGAUCUUAUUUCUACUCUCUGGCUCUCUCUAUUCCAAGUCCUUUAAAGGGUGUCCAACUGUUUGUUCUGAGUUGUCUGAGAAAUGUUAAUAUCAACUGAAAAUGAACAGAUCUCAUUGCCUUCAGUUAACGUAAAAGAGUCCUUGAAAUCAUCUCCCAUGGAAGCAAAUCCAGUUUUCCCUGAUGGGUUUCCAUUAGCUUCUGAAUCGCCUGAUUCUGCUCCCCUUUCUACAAUCUAUACAGACGUAAGUGUUCUACCCGAGUACGAGAAGUGCGGACUCCUUCAGUCCAUAUCAGACCUUGAAGGAGAAAUUGAACAAUUGAGGCUAAAGCAUAGAUUGUGGAAUGAGAAGCGGAGAGAAGCACUGAAUAAGAUAUUGGACAUCAAAGGCACCAUUCGAGUGUUUUGUCGAGUUCGGCCAUUCCUUGCUGUGGAAAGACGAAAAAAUCAAGAACCCAUUUCAAUUGGAACAGAGAAGAUUAUAGUGAAGUCAGCUGGGGCUAAAAAAGAGUUUGAAUUUGACAAGGUCUUUCCUCAACAAGUAAACCAAGGAGAUGUUUUUGUUGAUGUGGAACCGAUUCUGAGAUCUGCACUAGAUGGCCAUAACGUAUCGGUUUUAGCAUAUGGUCAAACUGGCACAGGCAAGACAUUUACAAUGGAUGGCACCAAUGAGCAGCCGGGGAUCAUUCCUCGAGCACUAAAAGAACUCUUUCGCCAAGCCUCGUUGGAAGGCGAAAACUUAAAAGUUUCCAUGAGUAUGUUGGAGGUAUACAUGGGCAGUCUGAGAGAUCUCCUCGCUCCAAGGCCAACUUCUAGAGUAUAUGAACCUGUAAUUAGAUGCAAUCUCAACAUUCAAACAGAUCCAAAGGGGAGUGUGGAAAUUGAAGGGCUUACAGAAGUGCAAAUCCUUGAUUAUGCUAAAGCCAAAUGGUGGUACAACAAGGGGAAGCGAGCUCGAUCUACUUCAUGGACAAAUGUCAAUGAAACAUCCAGCAGGUCUCACUGCUUAACAAGGAUAACCAUAUUCCGGCAUGGGAAUGGAGCUGGAGCUAAAACAGAACUAAGCAAACUGUGGAUGGUUGACCUCGGAGGAAGUGAACGAUUACUAAAAACAGGAGCUAGUGGGCUAACACUUGAUGAAGGGAGGGCCAUAAAUCUUUCUCUUUCAGCUUUGGGGGAUGUUAUUGCUGCUCUAAGAAGGAAGCGUGGUCAUGUUCCUUACAGGAAUAGUAAACUAACUCAAAUUCUCAAGGACUCAUUAGGCGAUGCGUCGAAGGUGUUGAUGCUUGUUCAUGUCAGCCCUUGUGAAGAAGAUGUUGGAGAGACAAUAUGCUCUUUGUGCUUUGCAAAAAGAGCAAGAGCAGUAGAAUACAACAGAGAACAAGUGGAGGAUCUGAAGAAGCAAAAGGAGAAAAGGAUCCACGAGCUUGAAGAGUGUAUGAGAGAAGCUGAAGAAGAAUGCCAGAAAGUUAAGAAGCAAAUACAGAAGGUUGAAUUCAUACUAAAUGAGAACAAAAAGCUUUACUCAAACACUGGUCAACAACCACUUGAACACGAAGAAGAAGAAGAAAUGGUGCUUUUAAGUCCAAAACAAGAUCUAAAGAAAGUAAAAGAAUCCCAUAAAGAAACUAGAAGAAUCAUUUCUAGUUCUUUGCCAAGGUUCAUGACUUCGACAGUAGCCAGCCGCGAAAGGCAGAGUGCGUCUGAAAGAGAAAUUGUUGGAAGAGCAAGAGUUCUGAGAUCAGGGACCAAAAGUACUAUCCAUUUUACAACUUCUCAAUCAAUAAGUUAUUCAGAUCGUCGAUUCAAAGCAACUUUACAAAACUCAAACAGGAAAAAACAACAUGCUGAGACUAAUGAUGAUGUUGUCGUCAACAACAUUGUUGAGAGCCCAAAAUGCAAUGGCUCAGACUCCAAAUCAACAUCCUUGCCCAAAAGUAGGAUGGUAACAUCUUCUGAUUCAAAUUUGAGAGCUACACUAAGUCGCCAUAGAAGAAGGAUGUCUAAUCUGAUUUAAAGUGUGAGAAGACAUAAAAUGCUUGACUUUUAGAGAGUAAUCUUGUGUGGUAUUUGUAAAAUGUGUGCUUUUUUUCUUUUUCUCUUUUUUUGGUGGGGUGGGGUUUAUAUAUUGAUUUGAAUAUUUAUACAUAUAUAUGUACCAUUAUAUUAUAAUGGUGGUGCAAUGGUGGUGCUUCAACUCAAGUCUUGUUACUCCCCUAAAAACAAACGACUUGUUGUUUGAUGGGGUGUUUUUUUUUCUUUCUUAAAUUAUGUAUAAUUUUAAGAUAAAUUUAUUAUUUGUUCA